UCCUAGCCAAGCGCAGCACAGCCCAGGAAGGAACGACUUCCAGCCGUCCCAUGCCCGGAGCAAUCGCCGCUCUCCGCUCUGGCGCCUCUCACCCCGCUCUCUUCGCAGCACGGGCGGUGCCACCGAGUGAUUCGGCGCCCUUAGGGCGCUGUCGUCGACCAGCGCUUCCCUCCCACCGCCCUCCCGCGCCCACAACCGCGCGCGUGCCGCCAUCCAGAUUCGCCCCACCGGGCGAUUAUACCUGGGCUUGCCGCGCAUUAGCGGCCUGGCGGCUUCGGUAGGCGAGAGGAAUAGUUCCGUGGAGUUCGAGGCGUACUUCAGAGGCACCGUGUGGGACGUGCGCAUCCUACGCCUCGGCUCCACUGUCGCCCUGCACCCGCCCCCGCUCCCCCCCGCACUCGCUGCCCCCUCCCCCCUCCCCGCGCUGUGCUGGGAGGGAGAGCACAAGGGGCGGAAUGCGAGGCGUGCUGUGCAGGCGAGGAGGGGGAAGCGGGGUGGUGGGAGAAGCGAGGGGGAUGUUCAGCUGGUGCAGGAGGGGAGCAAUGAGUUGGUUGUUUGGAGUUGGAGCUUGGUUGAGAAGAAGGGUUGCAGAAGAGAGGCUACGGAUGGAAGGCAAGAGGGGAGGGACAGAGCGGACGAAGCAGAACGCAGAAUGAAGUUGGAUAGUACCAGCAAGGAAGACGAGGAGGAGGAAGGAGAGGCAGCAGCAGCAGCGGGCGGAGCAGCGCUGUACCCGCCGUUCGCAUCCCCGGCGUGGCCGGCGCGGUGGCGGGAGACGUACUUGGUGCGCUACCUGGAGUCCACGGCGCGGGACAACGAGGACGUGCCGCUGCAGCGCCUGCGCCUGCGGUCGCGCGCGCUGGAGAGCGCGGACUGCGCGCGCGUGCGCGAGGGCAUGGUGCUGCUGGCGUUCCUCAAGCACCCCGACGGCGACCCCUGCGUGCAAGGACAGGCCCACUACGAUGCGCGUGUGGUGCGCAUUAAGCGCCUGCGCCAUCCCCCCUCCGGCCCCUGCGAAUGCUCCUUCGGCCUGCACCUCCUGCAGCACCCAGAGGCUGCCUACCCGCCGCCCUCUCGCCGCUUCACAGCCCCCUCUCACUGCUCCGUCCCCACUCCCUCCGGCCCCCCUCUGCGCUGCCGCUUGCUGCAACCGCUCAGCGGGUAUGUGAAGGGAAACGGUGCUGGCAGCACGGAGGGUGCGCGCACCGUGUAUGUGCGCAUUGGCGAGCUGUGCGUGCGCGUGCGUGCGCUGGUGCCGCUGCGCGUGCUGCUGCGGAGUGGGUUUCACAUGCAAACGCGAAGCCGCUCGAGGCUAGCUCUAGCGCACCAUCGCUUGCCUAUUUCUCCUGCCCCUUCCCGUGCCCCUCCAUUGAACCAAGCAGCUGCAGGGGGGAGAAAGAGGCGGCGAGUGAGCAGCGCCGUGGGUGGGGGGGAGGUGCGUGGGGACGACACACAAGCAAGUGAUGAUGGUAGCAGGGGAGGGGAGCCUUAUCCCACAGAUGGUGCCGUGGGCAACGGUGCUGCCCAGGUGGGAGCGGCCAGCACAGCGAUCGUUGCUGCUGUGUGCUGUCCUGCGUUGGAUGAUGGGGCGGAGGAAGAGCCAGGGCAGGGCGACGACCCCUGGGAUCUUACCUCUGUGGAUUCGCAAGGGGAACCUGGGCACGCGGACAUGGACGGGGCGUCAAGCCCUGUGCUGCAGCUGCCGCCCUCGCCACCUCCUGCACACUCUGGAUCUCAUGCCGAUGCUGCUGAUGCCGAUGGUGCCGAAGGUGCGGAUGAAGCUGAUGCGCAUUCUUUCGCUGAUGCUGAUGCUGAUGAUGAUGCUGAUGCUGAUGAUGAUGAUGAUGAUGAUGAUGCUGAUGCUGAUGCUGAUGCUGAUGCUGAUGAUGAUGAUGAUGAUGAUGAUGAUGAUGAUGCUGCUGACUCUUAUGCUGAUGGUGCUGCUACUAUCGCACGUGAGUUGCUACAGGGGGUAGGCGUGGUGAGGCGAGGCGAAGAGGGCAAGGCAGUGAACGGAGCAACGGAGCGGGUGGAAGAGGGGGUGGAGAAAGGGGGGGCGCAGAGCGAGGUGGAGAGAAACGACUUACGUGGGGUACACAAGGGCAAGGAGCAGCAGUGGGCGUUGGCGCUGGUUCCUCCCGCUGACACCAGCCUUGCUCCCUGCACCCCCUCCCCUCUUGCGCAUGCGCCUCCCUGCGAUGAUUCACCCAGCCCCCUGCUCCUCCCCCCCGCACCCUCUGCUCCCCGUUUCCGUGAUGGCUCUUCCAUCCCUGCUGGGGCUGGGAGGACGGCACGCGGAGGGAGGAGGAGGAGGAGAGAGGAGGCAGGGUUGAAGGAGAAAGGGAAGGGGGCAGUGGGGUCAGGUGUGGCGGCGUGGAUGGUGCAAAGGGUGCUGGCUGAUCCGAGAAGCGUGACUGUCAAUAGAGGGGACAGAGGUGAGGGUGGUGCUCGUCGGGAGUGCAGUCAUAGUGCGGUUGAGGGCAGUUGUGUCUGCUCUCCCAGGGUUGACAGCCAUGGGAAUGGCAAGGAUGACACUAGCAGCAGCGGUCGCACUGGAGACAGUGACAGCAAUGGCAGCAGUGGCAGUGAUGACAGCAGUGGAAGCGAUGGCAGCAUGUGUGAUAGUGACGCUGAGGGGGCUGACCCCAGUGAGCGUGCAGCCCGCAUUAGGAACAAUGCUCUUGUUGCGAGAACUCAGCAGCAGCCGCACCAACAGUGGCAGCAGCAGCAACAGCAGCAGCAGCAGCUACAGUGGCGGCAGCAGCAGCAGCAACAGUGGCGGCGCAUGGGGGCAUGUUGGCAGGGCGGGGUGCACGAGGCGGAAGAUGAUCCGGUGGAGGGGGAGGUGUGCCGAAAGUGCGGCCUCACCCUCCGCACACUUGCAGAGAUCCCCUCUGCACGCGUGAUCGUGAGGGAGCCAUCACGUCAGGUGAGCCUCAUGCGCUCGCAGGGACAGAUAUCACGCCCGCCGAUGGAAGCCGAUAUCGCGGAGGAUGAGAGGGCGCGGGAGCGGGAGAGGGAGAGAGAGAACGAGCGGAUGGUUACCGGUAGGACAAGCGUGCCCGCCCUGCCAUGGAUCCCGCCCACGUGGGCCUCUUCCAGUGCCUUGCAGUCGUUGCAGCACCACCCCCCCCCUGCCCCUGCAUCGCAUGCACCUGGCAGCUACGCGCACUCGGAGCUGCCUUCGCGCUUUCUUCUGAAGCCCAUGCUCUCCCACCAGCUACAAGGAUUCAAAUUCAUCUGGCACAACCUCGUUGCCGCUCCCGCUCAUGCCGCCGCUGUCGCUGCCGCGGCUGUGGCUGCUCCUCCCAACGCUGCUCGUGCCUCCGCCUCUUCUUCUCUGCACGAGCGCUGUGGCGCGGGGAGCCAAGACUUGAUCGCAUGGGAUCGCAGCAUCCCAGGGGGUUGCAUUCUGGCGCACGCACCCGGCACAGGCAAGUCGCUCACCGCCAUUGCGUUUAUCGACCGCCUGCUCGCCACACACCACGUGUGCUGUGGACCCCAGCAGGUAGCAGCAACACCAGGAGCCGCGCGCAGUGCUGCGCGUGCUGGGCCGCCAACGGCGCAGUCAAAUAUUGUGGUGCGGCCGCGGGUGCUGUUGGUGACGGAGGUGUCGAUAGUGGACGUGUGGUGGGGGGAGUUCGACAAGUGGGUGCCGCAGGGGCACAGAGCACACAUAUGGCUGGGUGCCGUGGACGCGAGGCAGAGAGAGGAGACUCAGGAGAAGGUGGUGCGGCAGUGGGUGCAGAAGGGAGGCGUGCUGCUGACGAGCUACGGGCUGCUGGGGCGCACGGUGUGCCGGGGGAGUGCGAGGGAGGUGCUGCGGGGGGCAGUGGUGGAGGCGACGGACGUACUGGUUUGCGAUGAGGCGCACCUCAUCAAGACGCCCGCCACUGCCAUCCACAAGGCGUUGGACCGCAUUCACAGCAAGCGGCGCGUGCUGCUGACAGGCACGCCCCUGCAGAACAGCACCCUGGAGCUGUGGGACCUCGCGUGCUUCGUGCACCGCCCCCUCAUGCACGCCUCCGCCACCACGCUCUGGCAGGCAAGCCGCCAGCAGGGCGGGGAAGGGAUAAGGGGAGGGAUGGAAGAGGAGGAGACAGUGGUGUUGGAGGGGGAGUUUCCACCGAGUAAGGUGCGGGAGCUGCGGUGGCUCAUGCAGCACAUGGUGCAGGUGGAUGGCAACGUGCUGCACGCCCACCUCAAAGAGCUGGUGGAUGUGACCAUCGUGCUGCACCCCACGCCACUGCAGCGCCACCUCUUCUCCCUCUUCCUCGCCCACUCCCGUGCCACCCAUGCUGACACCCCGCAACCGGCGUCUCCAUGGGGGCUUGAAGCAGACAGGGGAGGGGCAGAGGGGCAGCAGGGGGGGGAAGGAGGUGGGGGGGGCGUGCAGGUGUCGAUGAUAGACCUGAAGCUGCUAGGAUCCCUGUCCGUGCACCCCUGUGCCUUUGCCGCCAAGCUCAACAAGGGCCUCCGCGGCUACCCCCACCUGCAGCAGGCCCUGCUCUCCCAAAGCCCCCUUCCCCCCUUCCCCUCCUCUCCCACCGUUGAUGUAUGCACCACCCCCUGCACCGCGCAGCAGAGUGGGGUUCCAGCAAGUGGUGCAAGGGCAGGCAUUGGUAGGGGGGGUGAUAGUGGGCUGUGGGGUGACGCUUGGGGCAGGAGCAUGGGUGGAGGGAGGAGGGGCCGAGGGAUGGACGUGGGACUGGGCAGAAGGGCAGCAGAGGGGGUUGGGGGGGAGGGGAAGGGGGCGAGGGUGGGUGUGGGCAGUGCAGCGGAGGAGCAGUGGAAGGGCGUGGAGGAGGACAGGAGGGUGGAGCUGUCCCCAAAGCUGAGGGCGCUGGUGGCGGUGGUGAGGGGGGCGGUGGAGUGUGGGGAGAAGGUGGUGGUGUUUGCGGAGGAGCACAUGCACCUCACGCUCGCCGCCCACGCCAUCUGCUGUGCCAUGGGCUGGACGAUGGACCGCGAGGUGUGGCGGGUAGAUGGCACCACGUCUGCAGCUGAGCGCGCCGACACGUUUGCCCUCUUCAAAGCGCCCCCUGCUCAGGCGCACGAGGGGAAGGGCAAGGCGCAGGCAGAGGCAGAGGACCAGCAACUGGUGCAGGCACAGGCGCACUCGCACGUGCUGGUGGCAGCGGUGCGGGCGUGUGGGCUGGGCAUUGACCUGACGGCGGUGUCGCGCGUGGUGAUGCUGGAACCCCAGUGGAACCCCGCUGCUGACCACCAGGCAAUAUCGCGGGCGUGGCGCACGGGGCAGCGGAGGCGGGUGGUGGUGUACCGCCUGGUGGUGGAGGGGCUGGGGGAGAUGCGCAAGCUGCGCUGCGCUCAGGCCAAGCAGCGCCUCUCGCGCGUCAUCUUCCACUCCGCCUCCCCUCACACCCCACCCACCUCCCCCCGCUCUCACUCCCACUCUCAACCACUCAACUUCCCCACCUGCUCCCCCUCAGCCCCCAUCUCGAGCAUCUCUAGUACAGCCCUUGAGAGCACUCUCACAGACCCCAUACUGCAACAGGUGUUGCAGAUAUCAGCUGACUGUUGUCCAUCUGAUCCCAGCCCCAUGGGAACAGGAGCAGAAGAACACAGAACAAUGCACGCCCCCAACUCUCGGCGCUUGGAUGGUUUGAGCCUUGAACAGUUCCGUCUGCUGUCCAGGGAGUGUCAAGGGUUGCUCGGGCGGUUGGUGUGCCGAGUGGAGCAACAGCAGCAUGGGGUAGUUACGCCCAUAGCCUUGCCAGAUGCGAAUCAUGGUGCAAACAAUUGGCAAGGUAGCCAUGAGCAGGGCAGGUAGGAAUGCAGUGGUCUGUACCAGCUGCCGAGUGGGCGUUUUAUGAAACAAGCCAUAUGGCCCUCCCCGAUUACAUUCAGCCACCCCCCACCCCCCCUCCCUGAAGUUUCGCACUCCUCUAUUGAAAACAUGCCGAGUGUUGAGCUGAGAAAAGCCCUAGGAUCUUCUGGCAGAGACUAGCCACUGAGUAGAGGAACUGUUUGUUAGCACAGCGGAAGUCUGAGUUGAACCCUUGUACUGGCAUGUGAGAAUAAGUAAAUGAUUACAGCAAUG